ACUCUCGAUACAAUAGACGGUCCCUGGGUUCGUCAAUAAUGGCGGAAGGUGGGGGUGAUGAAGGCGAUGAAAAUCCAUUCUCUUAUAAGAACUUUGUACAUACUAAGGAUAAAAACAUUUUAACACCACAGAAUGAUGACGAAUUCGUAAGAUCUUCCCAAGGCAAUGAUAUUUUGGACGGCACUAAUGCAUUAUUUCCCGACAAUGAUUUCACAAGUCCUGUUUGUCAGCCGGCCGAACAAGAUGGAAAAUCAAAACCCAAAAAGAAAUCUUCAGAUGGAAAUCCAUUUUCAUUCAAAAAAUUCCUUGCACAUUCUGGUUCUAAGAAUCGCCGUCAUAAUGGUCCUGCACAUGACCUACCUGAUUUUGUACAGGAUCACUACUUCGGAGACACAUCUCGAGACCGUAAUGUCUUGGAUCUGGACCUUCCAAAUUGCAUUUUGAGUUCUAAUUAUGUUAGUGGUGCUUCAGAUUUGAACAACUCAAAAAAUGAUUUAAGUAAUCAUGAAGCUCAGGAAAGGCGCAGGACUUUGUUGGGAGAAAACCAAAUUAGGAAUGAACUGACAAACACUUCUCCAAAUAUUGAAAAUGAUUUAUCAUUUAAGACUGAGUCAGAAGAUUCUCAACCUCAGUUAGCUUCUAGUCUUCCCGAUUUUCUUUCUGAUGGCGCUUUUGUAAAUAAUAAUGAUAACACCCGGUACCCUGCCAUAACUGUUCAAGUUAAUCAGGGCCGUCAGAUGGCUGCCCUGCAAAUUAAUGGUGAUACAGAACUAGAAUUGAGAAGACUUCGAGAAGAGAACUGUGAACUGCGCAAAGAACUUUGUAAAGCUCAGCAACAAGCAGCAAAAGAGGCAAAUAGAGUCAACAAAGUUCUGAAAGAGAUGGAAGAAAAACAGAAGUGUGAAAAACAAGAAACAGAGGACCUGGAGAAGAUCAUCCAGCAAGUGGAGGCAAAUCUUGAGACAACCACCCUUCGUGCAACAAAAGCAGAAUCUAUGGUGUCAAAAUUAAAACAAGAUAUGAAAUUACUGCAGAAACAAAUACAAACUCUACAGAAAGAAAAUGAAAUAUUACAAUCUGGAGAUUUAGGUACAGCAUAUCUAAAACAGAAAACAUUUUCUGCUUCUGAGCAAUUAGCAACAGUUGCAGCAUCUGCUGAACAGUCUUUAAGACAAUUGCUGAGUGGUGUUGAUUCUUUGAGAAUGCUAUCGGCUGUUUUAGCCUCAGCAGAUAAAGUUCAAGAAGAAAGUUGUGAUAACCAGAAAGGGAACAGUUGAAAGAGAUGUAAAUAUAAGCGAAGAAAGACUUUUGCCACAAGUUGUUCUCACAACAAACUGGUUUCCCCUUCUAAGGUUUAUUUUACAAAGGAAAUUAUGAAAAGACUACUUUCAAAAUCAUUUGAAUAUAGUUUGGAAGAAAGAUAAAUAAAAAAAAGGACAAGCUAUUGUAUAAAGAAAGAAAAAGAAUGCAAUAACUGAUAGGCUGUGAGGAUCAUGUCUCUGAUUGACUGAUAAUAUAUGCUUAAGGGAUUUGUCCAAAUGUUUUUGUAAUUCCAUCCUGUCAAAGUGAUUCAUUUAAUUUUUUUUUUUUUACACCCCUGCCUUUUUAUUUUUUGUUAAAUUAUUACCGACUGUAUGAAUUAUACCACAUACGUAUAUUUUCUCUUUUAUUACAUAACUAUUGUACCUUA